AUGAAGCCUACCACAAACAGCACAUUGCCCGAUGACCCUUUCAUUAUUCGAAUGUCCAUUGAGGAUGCUGUGGGUGCCAUCGAAGAUGCCCGCCCUGAAGCAAGAGGUGCUCGCUAUGUCCUGAAUACGGCUAUCACAAUUGAGUUCCAUGAAACACUCAAUAUCAGAAAAUGCACGGUGACCUGCCAUUCUGGCAAGCACCUUUCUGAUAAUGUACUGACUGGUCUAGGUUCGCAACGGGUUAUCAAUGUACGACGCUUUACCAGAAGAGAUCCGACGGAUAAGAAGAAGUUUGUUCCAACAAAUGCCAUGGUUUUGACGUUCCAGGGAACCACCGUCCCCGAGUACAUCUACUUCGGGUAUGAGAAAGUAGCCACUCACCCCUACUACCCAUCGCCUUUACAAUGCUCUGAAUGCCACAGGUUCAGACACACACGAAAAUUCUGUACGGAGGCUGCAUUGUGUGCGGAUUGCUCUUCGGAGCACGUCGAUGAAUCAACGCCUUGCUCAGCUGAUCCCCUCUGCAUCAAUUGCAGCGGGCCCCACAGCUCCAGGUCAAGGGAUUGUCCAGUCAAAAUCAGCGAGACGAAGAUAGUUAAGAUUAAGGUUGAUCAGGAUGUAACGUACACGGAGGCUCGGAAGGUCCAUGAAUCCCGUAAAGAACAAGGACCAACAAUGAGCUCGACCGUCAACGAUCUGCAGAAGAAGUUACAGGAAAAGGACCAGGAAAUCGCCAAAUUGAGAACUUUGUUGCAAAAUCUGAUCAGGGAAGUUGCAGAUCUCAAGAAGCAAAAUCAACAACCAGCAUCAACAGCUAAGGAAACAGAAGAUGGUCAGAAAAUGGACACAACCAAGGAGCAGAAAAAUUCUAAGCGUCAACGAAGCAAGGAUAUUUCACCGAUUAACUCACGCGACCAUGGUAGGAAUUCUCCGUCCAUGAAGAAAUCAUCAGGUAAAAAUCGAAACGCUCACUCACCGACCAUACCAACCAAGGAACGGUCGGACCCAACCUCGGAAGACAGUAUCCACAGCUGCAUCUCUCCCACUCACAGUGGGAGUGAGUCUGAGUUCAAGGAGUUUAAUCUUUAG